UGCCCUACAGGCGGAGCUGAUCUCACAGCGACACAAACUACGACAAACAGCAGAAAAAUGCAUAAAAAGUGGAGCUUCUCUGCAGCCAAACUGGCUUCUGUCUACUUUAAAUUGUCUACCAGAUUGAAGAGUUCUGGUGUAAGACCUAAGUCUCCACUGGGCUCACGGAUUCUUACCAGUCCAGAUGACAUCUUUAAUCACAACACGUGGGAUCAUGUGCAGUGGACAGAAGAGGAGAAAGAAAAUGCACGGCAGAAAGCAGAAGAAAAUUCCAAGAUAAGACUUCCUUUAGCAGAACAAGGUAAAUUUGACACCAACGCCUGCCAGUAUUGGGACACGUUUUAUGAGCAGCACCAGGAUAAGUUCUUCAAAGAUCGCAGGUGGCUGUUUUCAGAGUUCCCAGAAUUGUUUCCUUCACAUUCAGAAGAAAGGAGCUCAAACGCAUGUUGUAGCAAUCACCAGGCAGGAAUCUCAAUUCGUAGUAGAUCCAUGACAGACACGGAGACGGGAGACCCUGAACACAAUGACCCCAUUCACCACCGCCCAACAACAGACCUGUUUCAUGCUCAGGAAGCAGUGCAGGAGCAUAAUGAAGCUGCUACACAGACCUCUUCUUUCCCAGGACAACAUGCAUCUUUCAGGAUCUUGGAGGUUGGAUGCGGAGUUGGAAACAGUGUAUUUCCUAUCCUUAACACUAUCAAAGGAACAGACUCAUUUUUAUAUUGUUGUGACUUCUCUCCUUAUGCCAUAAAACUGUUUAAGGAGCAUCCAGAUUACGAUGACUCUGUGUGUCACGCCUUUGUCCAUGACAUUUGUGAGGACGUGGCUUCUUUUCCCUUCCCUCCGCAGAGCCUGGAUGUUGUCUUAGCAGUAUUCGUGCUCUCCUCCAUCCAUCCACAACGGAUGCAAGGAGUUGUGAACCGACUGUCUGCUUACCUGAAACCAGGAGGGGUAUUCCUCUUCCGUGAUUAUGGGAGAUAUGACUUAUCCCAACUCAGGUUUAAGAAGGGACAGUGCUUAUCAGAUCAUUUCUACACACGUGGAGAUGGAACCUGUGUUUAUUUUUUCACAAAAGAAGAGGUUCGUGAUUUGUUCACCAACGCUGGACUGGAGGAAGUUCAGAAUCUGGCGGACAGACGGCUACAAGUGAACCGAAGAAAGAAAGUUGUGAUGCAUCGGGUUUGGAUGCAGAGCAAAUACAGAAAACCAUAUUCUUCAUCCCAACACUCCUCUGUGCACCCCUCAGUAACAGAAUAA